AUGAUAACACCAGUAGUCCAAACGCAGGCUCCCUGGAUGCACAAAAGUAAAUCGGACGCGUUCGAUAUCACGAACACCGAUGUGAAAACAAAAGUUAGAGAACCCAAAAAGAAGUUGAAUGUCUGGAUUAUCAGCCAUACCCUGGAAUUCCAGUUUCGUUUUGAGAAAAUAGAAAUUCCAGCGAACGAGAGGAUCCGGUCGAAGACUCGAAAAGUUUCAUCCAUGUCGGGAACUGUUAAGAAGUGA